AUGAGUCGACAACUGAAUAUCAAGUCUGGUGGUGACAAGGGAGACUUCAGUGGGUACUCAGCAGUAGUGCCGAGGAAGGCUAUAGCUUCUUAUUGGGCAGCUAACAAGGGGCCUGAGGCUGGCUUUAGCAGUCGUAGCCUCUACAGUCUGGGAGGGAACCGGUGUAUUUCCCUUAGUGUGGCAGGUGGCAGUGUUCGGACUGGAGGCUAUGGCUUUGGGCACAGCUCUGGGCAUGGAGGGGGCCGGGCCAGUGGCUUUGCUGGCAGUAUCUUUGGCAAUGUGGCCUUGGGACCUGUGUGCCCAUCGAUGUGUCCACCUGGGGGCAUACACCGGGUCACCGUCAACAAGAGCCUCUUAGCUCCUCUCAAUGUGGAGCUGGAUCCCAAGAUCCAGAAAGUACGCACCCAGGAGCGUGAGCAGAUCAAGGCACUGAACAACAGGUUCGCUUCUUUCAUCGACAAGGUGCGGUUCUUGGAGCAGCAGAACCAGGUUCUGGAGACCAAAUGGGAGCUGCUGCAGCAGUUGGACCUGAACAAUUGUAAGAAGAACCUAGAGCCCAUCUUUGAGGGCUACUUGGGCAGCCUAAGGAAACAGCUAGAGACAUUGUCUGGGGACAAAGUGAGGCUGGACUCAGAGCUGAGGAACAUGCGCGACAUGGUGGAGGACUACAAGAAGAGAUAUGAGAUGGAGAUUAAUAAGCACACAGCAGCUGAGAAUGAGUUUGUGGCACUAAAAAAGGACGCAGAUGCAGCCUAUGCAGUCAAGGUGGAGCUGCAGGCCAAAGUGGACUCUCUGAACAAGGACAUCCAAUUCCUCAAGUGUCUGUAUGAUGCGGAAAUUGCCCAGAUCCGGACACAUGUCAGUGACACAUCUGUCAUCCUGUCAAUGGACAACAAUCGAGACCUGGACCUGGAUAGCAUCAUCAAUGAGGUCCGCACCCACUAUGAGGAGAUUGCCCUGAAGAGCAAGUCUGAGGCGGAGGCUCUGUACCAGACCAAAAUCCAGGAGCUGCAACUGGUGGCCAGCCGGCAUGGUGAUGACCUCAAACACACCAAGAAUGAGAUGACAGAGCUGAGCCGACUUAUUCAGAGGAUUCGGUGUGAGAUUGGCAAUCUGAAGAAGCAGUGCUCCAACCUGGAGACAACCAUCGCUGAUGCUGAGCAGCGGGGAGACAAUGCCCUGAAGGAUGCCCGGACUAAGCUGAAUGAGCUGGAGGGGGCCCUGCACCAGUCCAAGGAUGAGCUGGCCAGGUUGCUUCGAGAGUACCAGGAGCUGAUGAGCCUCAAGUUGGCCUUAGACAUGGAGAUUGCCACCUACCGCAAGUUGCUGGAGGGUGAGGAGUGCAGAAUGUCUGGUGAGAACCCAUCCUCUGUGAGCAUCUCUGUCAUCAGCAGCGGCAGUGGAAGCUCCUAUGGCUACCUUCCCAGCUCCAUGAAUGCCAACCUCGGGGCCAGCAGCGCUAGCAGUGCCCGAGGAGGCGACACCAAGUCCAAAGGGGCCAAGGGGGGAGACUGCAAGGACUCCCAAGGCAAGAGCACCCCAGUAGGCAGUCCAGCCCAGAAAAUCACCCGAUAA